AUGAAAUCUUCAUGUUUCCUCAUGCCCUCUUCGCCCAAUACCAAGAAUAUUUUGGCUGGUAUUACCAGUAACAGCAGCAGGUUCGACCCUGCCGACCAUGAGGUAAACUUGCACGCACUUCUCUCGCACGACGUUGCGCUAGAAGAUGUUGGAGGCACAUUCACCACCGACCAAAAGUUGUUCAUUCUUAAGAGAAUGAGUAUGGAUGGUUUAAUUGAUUUGGACAAAAUUCCCCCUUCGGCGACGUUCUUGAUUGAAAAGAUGCAAGAGCUUUCGGAGGAGGAAGCCGUUGAGAUUCUCAAGGAAUUCCUAAAUGACUUUAAGGACGACGUCAACAUUCUGGAUUCUGAUUAUAAGUUGGCUGAAAGGUUGGUCAAACAAGCACACUACAAACUCGGUGUGCAAUCUAAAGUGGAGCAAAUUCUGGAUGACAAUGAAAAAAAUUUGGGACAACUUUUAGUGGUAGAGGUUCCGUCACAGGAGGACUCACUUAAAGAUGACGACAUCAGACUCUUUUAUCAUAAUAUUACCGAUUGGAGUUUGCAAGUCAAAGUUGAAGCCGGUUUAAUUGCCUACCAUUCACCUUAUACUGAAGUCAGAAGUGUUACCGACCCUUAUGAUGACCCAUCAAUUGCGUGUGAAACACCUCGAGUGUACCUAGUUGGUAUAAUCUGGACCGCAAUUGGUUCCGUUAUUAAUCAAUUUUUUAAAGAACGGUACCCUUCUAUCUUUUUUGGAAGUCUGAUUGCCCAGGUUUUCAUCUAUCCUUCAGGUGUUUUGCUUAGCUUGAUAUUGCCUCACUGGAAAUUUACCAUUUGGAACAACACAAUCGAUUUGAAUCCCGGUCCUUGGACUUCGAAAGAGCAAAUGCUUGCAACACUCUUCUAUACCGUUUCUGGUGCAUCGCCGUAUGUUGCAUUGAAUAUUCUUGUUCAAAAGUCACCACUCUUUUAUGAUAACCAAUGGGCAACAUUUGGAUAUCAGGUUCUUUUGACACUUAGUACUCAAUUUGUUGGAUUUGGGUUGGCAGGUGUGAUGAGAAGAUUUGUGGUGUAUCCAGUUCAAGCCGUAUGGCCGACAAUGUUGCCCACAGUUGCUUUGAACAAGGCCCUCACUUCUGCAGAGCCAAGAGAGAUCAUUAAUGGUUGGACGAUUUCCAAAUACAACUUUUUCUUUUUCACGUUUGGAGCCUCGUUCUUAUACUUUUGGUUUCCAAAUUACCUUGCACAAUUCCUUUCAACUUUCAACUGGAUGACUUGGAUUAAGCCUGAUAAUUACAACCUUGCGAUGAUUACUGGUUCCGUGAACGGAUUGGGAUUGAAUCCAAUUCCUUCUUUUGAUUGGAAUGUUUUGAAUAAUCUUAAUGCAUUGGCAAUUCCCUUUUACUCAGUGGUGAACCAAGCGAUUGGAUGGUUUUUGGGAUUUUUCAUUAUCAUUGCGGUUUUCUACUCGAACAGUCACUGGUCCGCGUACUUGCCUAUCAACUCGAACAGGAUCUUUACCAACACGGGUAAAAGAUAUAACAUCAAGGCAAUUUUGAACGAAAAGGGGCUCUUUGAUCAGGAAAAAUAUAAUACGUAUGGUCCUCCUUAUUAUUCUGCGGCUAAUCUUGUCACCUAUGGUGCCUUUUUUGCACUUUACCCAUUUGCUUUUGUUUAUGAGUUGACAACCAAUUGGCGAGGAAAUUGGUUCGCCGUGAAGGGUUUUAUUCACGCUCUCCGAAACUUGAACCGGUCCAAUUACGACGGUUAUAAUGACCCCUUUAGUCGCCUGAUGCUGAAAUACAGAGAAGUGCCGGAUUGGGUUUUCCUUGUCGUCUUGGUUAUAUCAAUUGUGUUGGGCAUCCUUUGCGUCAAGCUCUAUCCUGCCGAAACUCCGGUGUGGGGUAUCUUCUUUGCUAUUGUUAUAAAUUUUGUCUUCUUGAUUCCUUUGGCCGCAAUCUACGCGAGAACAGGUUACUCGUUCGGUUUAAACGUUUUGGUGGAACUCAUUGUUGGUUAUGCUAUACCCGGUAAUGGACUUGCCUUGAUGUUCAUCAAGGCGCUCGGGACUAACAUUGAGAAUCAGGCUGAGAACUAUAUUACGAACCAGAAAAUGGCUCAUUAUACUAGUAUUCCUCCUUGGGCAUUAUUCAGAUGCCAAAUGGUGUCGGUUCUCAUCAACUGUUUCGUGUUUUUGGGUAUUUUGAGCUUUCAGCUCACGGGUAUCAAAGACUAUUGCGAACCUUUCAACAAGGAAAAAUUCACCUGUCCUGGUUCCAAUACGUUCUUUUCCUCAUCUGUGCUUUGGGGUGUGAUUGGGCCAAAGAGAGUUUUCGAUGGCUUAUAUCCUAUUUUGAAAUACUGUUUCUUGAUUGGGUUCCUAUUGACGAUUCCAGCAAUCGCUUUCAAAUGGUAUGGUCCAAGAAAAUUGACCAAGUACUUCCAGCCCACUUUGAUAAUCGGUGGAAUCAUAAUUUAUGCUCCUUAUAACCUCUCAUACUAUACCGGCGGAUUGUAUUUGUCGGCGAUCUUCAUGUGGUAUUUAAGGACAAGGAAAACAGCUUGGUGGGAAAAAUACAAUUACAUAUUUUCCGCUGGGAUGGCAGCUGGAAUCGCGUUCAGCGGGAUCAUCAUCUUCUUUGCUGUUCAAUACCAUGACAAGAGUAUCAACUGGUGGGGUAACACGGUGAUGUACGAGGGAUACGACGGCGUCGCAAUAGGAAGAUUGAAUGCGACGUUAUCAGCACCAGAUGGUUAUUUUGGACCAAGGAAAGGUCACUUCCCUUGA